GAUAAACAUAUUAAUUUACUAUACGUGGAAGAAAACAGCAACGAUGGACAUUUCACAUGGAUCAAGAAUCUAUCGCGUCUCAUCGGCUCACAAUUGAGCAAAAAAAAUAAGAAAUUUUUUUGCGAUAGAUGUUUACAUUAUUUCGGCUCGAGCGAAAAACUGGAGGCUCAUACAAUAGAUUGCGGUAAAACGAACAAUUGUGCGAUCAGGUUGCCGAGCGAAGACGAUAAAUGGCUCUCUUUUAACAACAACUGCAGGAAGGAGCGA